GCAGACGUUUGGAAAACGGCGCGCAUUUCAGUCAAUCGAAGGAGACGCUGCAGUUCGCCAUUGUUGCCGCUUGAAUCGGUUCAGCAUUACUACCGUGUCCUUAAUUCGUCCAGUCCUAAUCUCGUGCAAUUUAACCGUGAAUCCAUCCAACAUGAAGAAAACAUCCAAAUCAUCCCGUGCCGGGCUUACGUUCAGUGUCGCCCGCGUAGCGUCCUCGCUGCGAAAGGGGCAGUACGCGACCCGCAUCGGUGUCGGCUCCUCGGUCUAUAUGACGGCGGUGCUCGAGUAUUUGGCAGCGGAAGUGCUUGAACUGGCCGGAAAUGCAGCACGGGACAACCACAAAUCUCGGCUCACCCCGCGCCACAUUCAGCUGGCCGUCCGGAAUGAUGAGGAGCUGAGCAAACUGUUGCAGGGAACCACCAUUUCCCAAGGAGGCGUCAUGCCGAACAUCCAUUCGGUGCUGCUGCCACGCAAAACCGGGUCCAAAUCGGCCGGGACCGCUGGAACCACCGGACAAAGCCAGGAGUAUUAGAGUGCAUUGUGUUUAUCGCAAGCAACGAACCGAGCUGGAAAGUGUUAUUCUAGUGAUAAGCGUUUUUUAAAUGUUACUCAGAAAGAAGGGGUUUGAUUGAGGUUGGAAGAAGCGCGAUCGAAAGCAAAUAUUGAUUACAAUUACAGACUUAAGUCACAUUCCCGCAAUUUUGAAAGGUUUCGUGUUAGGGACGGGGAACACUACAUUCCACCCUACAAGCGAACGCAAUGUGUUUCCACUUAAAAAGGUUAAAAUAUUCUCGUAAUUAGUUGAAGGUUUAACAGCAUCUUUUCCAUGACUUACAGAUUAACACGACGUUAUUUAACGCAGCGGCAGGGACGUAUGAUUUUAGCACUUAACGGAUUUUAUUCUUUUGGAUCCGGCAAGCCAUUGCCAUCAAACUUGUGUAAAGAAGCAGAAACUUGUAUCAAUUUAAUUGUGUACCAUAUUAAACUGCACGAAACUCUAAGCUCUCUGGCGGUUUAUUUUAAAUUUCUCCAUUUGUAAGUGUAACGGAAUAGUGUCUGUCCGGUUAUUGUGAGAAUUCCUUACAUAAACGGAUAAUAAAUCAUAUUUAUGUCUAACCCUAUUCAAAGUAAAAGAAAAUGCGACUGAUACUAAUACCGCUCAUCGCAGAACACUGUUGUGCUAAUUGCGAUUACAUCCUUUUCGUAAUUUCCCCGACGUAAUAU